AUGACCAAUAACAUUACUUCCAUCAUACUUCUGAAAUUUUCAUAUCUUCAAAACUUUACAUUUCUAUUCUUUCAUCUGAUGGUUAUUAUAUACUGUGGAGUCAUUUCAGGAAACCUUCUCAUCAUGGUCUUGUAUGUAGUGAGUAAAUCCCUUCGGUCCCCCAUGUACUUCUUCAUUACACAGCUAUCUCUGUGUGACCUCCUGGUGACUACAGAUAUUGUCCCCGUCCUUCUUCACACUGUUCUGGCUGGAAGAACCACAAUGACUCUCGCUGGCUGCUUCAUUCAGUUUUCUAUCUUUGCCACCUCAGAGUCUUCAGAAUGUCUUCUUCUGUCAGUGAUGUCUUAUGAUCGUUACCUGGCCAUUUGUAACCCCCUCCGGUAUCACUCUGUCAUGACUCAUAGGUUUUGUGUGACAUCAGCAAUUAUAAUUUGGUUAAUAGGUUUUACCGUAGCACUUAUUGAUGUUCUCAUUAUUUGUAAUCUGCAUUUCUGUGGACCACAUGUUAUUGACCAUUUCUACUGUGACCUUGAACCCAUAUUGCAGCUCUUUUGCUCUGAUUUCUCCAUAAUUCAUAAAUUGCUAAUAGGUCUAUUACUUAUAAUUUUACCUUUUAUUACCAUUGUGAUAUCCUAUGUUUAUAUUGCUAUCACCAUUCUGAAGAUUCCUUCCAAUACUGGAAGACAUAAAGCCUUCUCCACCUGUAGCUCCCACCUCAUUGUGGUCUCUAUAUUUUAUGGGACAUUAAUUAUUGUUUAUAUGUUUCCAAAAGAAGGACGGUCUCUGAUCCUGAGUAAGGUCUUGUCUCUGAUGUAUACUGUGCUGACCCCUCUGCUUAAUCCUAUUAUAUACACGCUGAGGAACAAAGACUUCAAAGAAGCUUUUCAUAAAUUUAAAGCAGAUGUCCUAUCUGAAUAA